ACUUAGUGAAGGAUUUGAGACAUUCCCUGAAGCAACCUGGGCUGAACAUUAUCAAUAUACUUCCUUAUACUGGCAAUUCUGGGAGUGCUUUAUCGAAGUAUUGACAUAAAACAUCUAGGAUAAGACAGCCAAAGAUACCUGUUAGUUUAUUGCUCCUGUGAUGAAUAGUUGAUCACUUCACAGUUUUAGACACGACUACUGCGAAUUCUGACAAAAAUACCUGUUAAUUUGUUAUGAAUCUUUGAAGUUCAAGAUUAUGCUCUAUUACGUACGAGGAACUUUGGAAAUGUGCAAAACUUAAAGGAUUUCAGCUCUCUUUUUAAAUACUUGUUUGAAGUCUGAGUUUAAAGAUUGUUGCCCAUUAUCUCUUUUGAAUAUCCAAAGUUAUCACUUAAGAAAGCGUCUUAUUAUUUCAAGAUAUUCAGAAAGUGAAUGAAAGCAAGAUGAAUGAAAUCUGGAGCCGGAUAUAUUGGACUCUAACCGCAAUAAUUGGACUCGUUAAUCUACCAGUGAAUUCAAUCGCUUUUAUAGUCUUCGUCAAGGACAAGAAGCUGAAGAAAAAACAAAUGAAUGUCUUUUUGGCUAGUCUAGCGAUUGCGGAUAUUUUGAUGAUGGUCGGCGUUGCCCCUGGUUACGCUAUCUUUUGCUACAACGGAUGGAAAACGACAAACUUUUGUUGGAUCUUCGUUGGCGUUAAAGACUAUGUUUUUAUCGCUACGAACUUAAAUAUGCUUGCUAUCUGUUAUGAUCGUUAUUGUGCGGUUAUAAAACCGCUUUUGUACUCGGUACUAAUGACUCCGAUCAGACUCAAAUYUAUUUUAGCGUGUAUUUGGGUAAUUCCAAUAAUUUUGACAUCUAUUCGCAACGCGUGGCAUUUCAAUUUAUCUCUAAACUCUAUCCACAUCGAUAAGAUCUACGAUAAUAUACUUUUAUUUCUAACUGUUCUUUUUCCUCUUUGCAUAAUGGUUGUGACGAAUAUCAGAAUCAUUAUAGCUAUAAAGAGGCAGACAUACUUAAUAUCUUCAUCCCAAAACCUCCAACAACGUCUUGAAAAUAACGUGCAGCCAUCCAGAUURUCUACACAUACUAAACAAGAGUGGAGUCAGAAGAAAAACGGAACCGUUUCUUGUCUCCGUGUUGUCCUCGCCUACGUGAUUGCUUGGCUACCGAGGAUAGCCUUCAACCUGUAUUUCCUGUUUGGUAAACCGGAAAGCGUUCUGUUAAUGAGAGUGUCUUUACUGUUCCUGUUCGUGCAGUCCACUCUUGAUCCUUUCAUAUAUUCUUAUUAUAGGAGUGAUUUUCGUUUCGCUCUAAGGAAACUAUUCAAGAGACGCAGGUCGAAUUUUACAAACUGACACUUGUCUAGCGAAUUCUGAUCGCAGGGAAUAAAAUAAAAAACCGCUAGCUUCACAAUGGGGACACUAGAACCAUCAACACCCUGACUUCGAGUUUUUUUGUCACAUUUAUUAAGAAGGCAUACUGUAAAUCAUCCCUUGGGCCAAUAGACCCCUUCACAGUUCCCUGCGCCAUCUUGAAAGGUAGCUGUACCUUCGCAUCGAAGCGAGACGAACGGUGAGCUUGCAAUGAUAGAGACCUUUUUUAACACCUUGGACAAUUAUUCACAUGUCUCUAUAAUUGCAACCUAAUCAAAUCUUCGGGGACUGAGUUACUGCCCAAGAGAGACAGGGCUUCUGUGCAUGCUCAGGAAAACCCUAAAAACAUAUAUAUCCAGAUGUUUGGGUCGAAAAAAACGGAUCAUCGAAAUCAUAAAUUAAUAUUGAAGUGGGGAAGUUUAUAGAAAGCUGUGUGUACGUGCGUAAUUUGAAUCUCCAGAAAAGGAAAGCUCAGAGAAGAAAGAAAUAAUACUCAAGGGAAUAACACGUGAUCUCUAUUUUAGGGAAACAUUUGUUGCUAUCCAAUAAAGCUACAAUGACGUCA